CAACAUAACAUUAACAUAUCAGACUUACACGCGAUCUCACGACCCCAAGUCCAUCACAAUGGCGUGUGAUUUACUCGGAGCUCUGUUGCUUUUCAUUUCUGUGCUAGAAAGCGCCGUCGGACUGACGUUACAACCUAAAGAAGUUUGUCUGUUGCAAAUUGAAGAAGGGACGUGUAAUGACGACAUUCAGCGGUUUUACUACAAUACAAUCAGCCAGCAGUGUGAAGAGUUCAGCUACAGCGGCUGUGGAGGAAACCAAAACAACUUCAGGUCUUUCGUGGAAUGUCAGAAAACAUGCUUCAGGAUACCAAAAAUCCCCCAGAUCUGUCGUUUUCAAAAGAAAGAGGGGCCCUGCCGUGGCCUCUUCAGCCGUUAUUUCUUCAAUAUGACCUCCAUGCAGUGUGAACCAUUCACUUAUGGUGGCUGCCAAGGGAAUGAGAACAAUUUUCGAAACCCAGAGGAAUGCAUAGAAUAUUGCAAACCUCCGAAAACGAUCCCUGUGAUUUGCCUGGAUAAUUUGGAUAAAGGAAGAUGCUCAGCAUCCAUACCAAGGUAUUAUUACAACUCUGCCACAAAGACAUGCGAGGAGUUCAUGUACACCGGAUGCGGAGGAAGCAACAAUAACUUCAUCUCCAAGCAAAGCUGCGUCGACGUUUGUGGGAGCAAACGUUGGAGUCCCACUAAAAAAUCGGUGAGAGUUUCUAAGCAGUACCUGAGACGAGUGAAACCUCAGCCAUCGAGGGAGAAGACGAACAAAUAAUCGUUUAUGAAGUCAUUUUCACUGUUUUAGGGAACAUUUACAUGACAACAAUGUAGUAAUGUAGUAGUUUUUGCUUUUGGUAUUUUAACAAGUUAUGGAUACCAAUGACAAUGUUGGCAAAAUGAUCCCUUUACACAGAUCAGCGAACGCAGCUAAAAAGUUGGCCAGUAGGUGGCGACAUAAUCGAGUUCACAAAGAACUUUAUGGUAUCGUUUACAAAAACUUGCACUUUGAAACACAUUUGCAUGAAAAACGUCAGUGUUCAUCAACAGCCAAGAUGCAUAAAGUGUUUUCCAUUUUUAGUUGAAAACAAUGUUAUGUAAACGCCUCGUUAACAGAAGAUUGAACUGAUCUUAUACUAUUAAAGAUGGCAGUUCACUGUGUACAUUCACUAUAUAUGAUUUUAUAUAAACAGAUGAAGUCAGAAUAAUUUAGCCCCCCUGUUUAUUUUUCUCCCCAAUUUCUGUUUAACAGAAAUAAGAUUUUUUCAACACAUUUCUAAACAUAAUAGUUUUAAUAACUCAUCUCUAAUAACCUAUUCAUUUCAUGUUUGCCAUGAUGACAGUACAUAAUAUUUGACUAGAUAUUUUUCAAGGCACUUCUAUACAGCUUAAAGUGACAUUUAAAGGCUUACCUAGGUUAAUUAGGCAUGUUAGGGUAAUUUGGCAAGUUAUUGUAUAAUGAUGGUUUGUUCUGUAUAUAGCUAUAUAUUGCUAUAUAGAGGCUAAUAAUUAUGACCUUAAAAUGUUUUUUAAAAAUUAAAAACCGCUUUUAUUCUAGCCAAAAUAAAACAAAUAAGACUUUCUCCAGAAGAAAAAAUAUUAUCAGACAUACUGUGAAAAAAUUUCCUUGCUCUGUUAAACAUUAUUUGGGAAAUAUUUAAAAAAA